AUGUAUAAUCUUUCUAAAUAUCCAAACGAUGUUGCCCAAUUAUUUGCACCACCGCCUCCAUUACCAUAUAAGAAACCAAUAGAUUAUCCCCAAAAGGAGAGGCGUACAGUACCAAAUAUUACACCAGUAAGUCAGACUUUAAAGCAACAUCUAUCUAUAUAUUGUAAACAGUUUCCAAAGGGAACACCUAAUUGUCAAUUUCAACCACAAACAAAUAUAAAACAACGACUACGUCAAAAUAAUAGACUUAUACAAGAAAGACUUCGUCAAUGGGAUCCUACUAAUGAUAUUCAUAUGGCACAAACAGAUCCAUUCCGUACUAUAUUCGUUGGAAGAUUACCAUAUAAUAUUACGGAAGUUGAUUUACAAAAAGCGUUUGGUAAUUAUGGAUCUAUUGAAAAAUUACGUGUAGUAAGAGAUAGAGAAUCAAAAUCUAAAGGGUAUGGAUUUGUUGUAUUUGUUGAUCCCAUGGCUGCCAAGACUGUUACAAGAGAAUGUGGUGUACAUAGAGGUAUUGAAAUUGGAGGACGUCGAUGUAUUGUUGAUAUCGAACGUGGACGUACGACAAAAUAUUUUACACCACGUAGGUUAGGUGGUGGACUUGGUGGUAGAGGUUAUACACAACAAAAUCAAUUAUUAUCUCAGAGUCGAUUCUCAUCUCAACACUCAAGAAUACCGUUCAGUAGACCUAGUAGAUUUGCAAGAGAUUCCAUACCUCAACAUCAACCAUAUCAGGAUGAGUUACCUGAUAAUACUGUUCCAACAACUAGUUAUAAGUCUCGUACUACAAGAACUCGUGAUAAUAAUGAUAAUUCAGAACAAGAUAGAAUGCCCGAUUAUUAG